UCUCAACCUUCAGAUCAGUACAUCCCACUAUGCUUUGCGAUGGUCUGACAAGUGGAUCCAAGAUGGCGUAGAAAGUAAAGCUAGACGUUUUGUCCCUGAGUCAUGGCAGACAGGAGAGCGGAGAAGUCAUGUGAAGAAGCCAGCAGAUCGUUAGCCAGGCGGGAGUACGAGGCGGCUGUCACCCACAGCACAGAUGCCCUGGUGGUCCUUGGGCCCCAAACCCCAUCCUCCAGUGCCCCUGUCCCACUGAGUCCUUCAUCCGUUGUUGCCGCCGGGCCCCUCCGCAGCCGUGCCCUGCUUUACCGAAUUGCUGCCUUCCUACAGCUGAAAAACUAUGAUGAAGCAGAUGAAGACAGCAAACACGUUCUGGCUGAAGAAAUUGCUCGGGGAGACGGUUCGCUACAGUCUAGUUUGCGCUCCAUGCUGUUGGAUGGCAGCCUGCAGGAGGUGGCCAGCAUCCUCUCCAAAGCCUUGUAUGGAGAACCAAUGAAUGGCAUUGUUACAAAGGACCUGACCCGAUUAAAAAUGCUCUUCUCUGAAAUAGAGGCUGUAAAUAGAGACAUGGCACCUGAAUACACAGACGACCUGGAUGAAGAGGUUCAAGAUGGCUGGCAGUUCCGGCCUCCUCCCAGAGGAGUCACUAGCAGUGAGGAGUACACCCUCUGUAAAAGGUUCUUGGAGCAGGGCCUGUGCCGGUAUGGGGCCCAGUGUACGUCAGCCCAUUCGCAGGAGGAACUUAUGGAGUGGCAGAAGCGUUAUGCAUCACGACUCAUUCGCCUCAAACAGCAGCAGGAGAGCAAACACUUCACUGAAAACUACAUGGAGACUCUGAUAGAAAAGUGGAUGAACUCCCUUUGCCCGGAGAAAGUGCUAAGCGACAGUUUAGAAGGAGUGAAUGUGGAGACCAGCUCCAGCCUCUCUGUUACAGUCACCACCAAAAAAUCCUCCCACUCCUGGAUCUUCUCCUUGUUGUGCAAGCCGGCUAGAAAGCUGUACCGCAUUGCUCUGCUCUAUGAUGCCCAUCGACCGCACUUCUUCAUCACAGGUGUGUCAGCUGGGGAACGCCUCCAAGCUGUUCCCAAAGGAUGCCAAGAGUGGACACCAGGAGAGGAGACGGCAGUGGCUGCAGACAAUGGCCUCGAUCACUGUGUCUACAAGGUAGCAGUCGGCUUCAGCACUGAGAUCUUUGGUACCUUCAGACAAACCAUUGUUUUUGACUUUGGUUCAGAGCCAGUGCUAAUGCAGCGAAUCAUGGUGGAUGCUGCCUCCAUUGAGGACCUAGAACACCUGAUGGCAGCCAGACAACAACUCUUGAUGACUGCAAAGCGCUGGGACCCUUCCUGUAAGACCAUUGUAGAAUUCUGUCCCAAUGAGACGAUGGGUGAACUGGAGCGUAGCCUCCUUUCCCGCUAUCAGAUACCUCUGUCAGCCGACCAGCUCUUCACCCAGUCAGUUCUGGACAAGUCUCUGACCAAAGACAACUACCAGGCCCGACUACAUGACCUGCUCUACAUAGAGGAGAUUGCACAAUAUAAGGAAGUUAGCAAGUUUAACAUCAAGGUGAACUUGCAGCUGGUCACUAGCUUUAUGCUGACUGGCAUUUCUGUUGGAGCCAAGUACGCUCAGAACGGACAGCUCUUUGCGCGUUUCAAACUUACUGAAACACUUUCCGAGGACACACUGGCUGGACGGCUAGUGAUGACUAAGGUAAAUUCAGUUCUGCUGCUACCAUUGGGCCGCGAAGUGGGCAGCAGCCAGCCGCCUCCUGGCGUCAAAGAGCGUGUUUAUGAGGCUGUGAUUGAGGAGAAAACCAAGGACUACAUCUUCCUAAGGAUCUGCAAGAACUGCUGUGAUGAGUUGGGGCUGCUGCCUGACAGAGAGUUACAGGUGGAGCUCCAGUUUCAGCUGAACAGACUGCCAUUAUGUGAGAUGCAAUAUGCCCUGGAUCGCAUCAAAGAUAACACCAUCCUUUUUCCUGAUGUUAGUUUGGUACCCACCAUCCCCUGGAGCCCCAACAGGCAGUGGGAUGAGCAGCUGGAUCCUCGUCUGAAUGCCAAGCAGAAAGAGGCCAUUCUGGCCAUCACCACACCCGUCUCUAUCCAUCUGCCCCCAAUCCUUAUCAUCGGGCCCUAUGGUACCGGCAAGACCUUCACCCUGGCUCAGGCCGUCAAGCACAUCCUUCGCCAGGAGAACAGCAGGGUCCUGAUCUGCACUCAUUCCAACAGUGCGGCUGACCUUUACAUUAAGGACUACCUUCAUCCUUAUGUUGAAGCAGGCAAUGCGCACGCCAGACCUCUCAGGGUAUACUUCAGGAACCGUUGGGUUAAGACGGUCCACCCAGCAGUGCAGCAGUACUGUCUGAUCUCCAGCACACAGAUCACUUUCCAGAUGCCCACAAGGGAGGACAUCCUCAGGCACCGCGUGGUUGUGGUCACCCUCAGCACCUCCCAGUACCUCUGCCAGCUUGACUUGGAGCCUGGGUUGUUCACUCAUAUCCUUUUGGAUGAGGCAGCUCAGGCCAUGGAGUGUGAAACCAUCAUGCCUUUUGCUCUGGCUAGCAAGACCACCCGCAUUGUGCUGGCUGGGGACCAUAUGCAGCUCAGUCCAUUUGUGUACAGCGAGUUUGCACGGGAGCGUAAUCUGCAUGUGUCACUACUGGACCGGUUGUAUGAGCACUAUCCUCCUGAAUUCCCUUGUCGCAUCCUCCUGUGUGAAAACUACCGCUCACAUGAAGCUAUCAUCAACUACACAUCCGAAUUAUUUUAUGAUGGGAAGCUGAUGGCAAGUGGCAAGCAACCCUCCCAUAAGGACUUCUACCCUCUGACCUUCUUCACAGCCAGAGGAGAAGAUGUCCAGGAGAAGAAUAGCACUGCCUACUACAACAAUGCUGAGGUAUUUGAGAUUGUGGAGCGGGUGGAGGAGUUGCGCAAAAAGUGGCCAGUUGCGUGGGGUAAGCUGGAUGAGGGAAGCAUUGGGGUGGUGUCGCCAUAUGCUGACCAAGUGUUUCGUAUUCGUGCUGAGCUCCGAAAGAAAAGAAUGCCAGAGGUCAGCGUUGAAAGAGUGCUCAAUGUCCAAGGAAAACAGUUCCGGGUGCUGUUCCUCAGCACAGUGCGAACAAGGCAUACCUGCAAGCACAAGCAAACAGCCAUCAAACGCAAAGAGCAGCUUGUCGAAGACUCAACGGAAGAUCUCGACUACGGUUUCCUGUCCAACUACAAGCUACUCAACACGGCCAUCACCAGAGCUCAGUCCCUGGUUGCAGUUGUGGGAGACCCCAUAGCUCUGUGCUCUGUUGGACGCUGCAGAAAAUUCUGGGAGCACUUUAUUUCUAUCUGCCAUGAAAACUCUAGCCUACAUGGCAUCACCUUUGAGCAGAUCAAGGCUCAGCUGGAGGCCCUAGAGCUCAAGAAGACUUACGUCCUCAACCCUCUGGCCCCAGAGUUCAUUCCCCGUGCCCUCAGGCCACUUCAAGGACACCAGUCUUCAUCACAGACCCUCCACUCCCUCCAUCAUCCGCAUCCUCAGCAUUUACAGCCAGCCUCCAACAAGCCGGGGCCAGCGCAGCAACAGCAGCAGUCACCCCCUAAGGGGAAACAUGCAAACCACACAGAGCACCUCCCACCUGAAGGAUAUGUUCAACCCAACCCUGCUGUGUUGAUGGGAAAUCCUAUUCGUGCUUUCACACCACCUUUGGGUGGCACAGCAGCUGGCAUGGGCAAGUCACCGAGCCCCGUGCAGAGAAUCGAUCCUCAUACAGGCGCCAGUAUUCUCUACGUUCCAGCUGUGUAUGGUGGGAACAUGGUCAUGUCCAUGCCUCUACCGCUGCCAUGGCCAGGUUACCAGAACCGCUUUGCUGUCGAUCCUCGCAUCAUGAGCCACCCAGCAGCCAUGGCCUACAAUUUCAAUCUGUUGCAGGCACAAAAUCGAGGCUCCCCCAUCCCGUAUAGCGGGGUGGCCCACCCCUCUUCUCUAGGAAUGGGACAGCCUAGCCCUGACAAGGAGCUACCGGCUGACCCCAUCAGAAAUGGUAAAGUAGAAGGAUGUCCAAAAUCAGAACAGAACCGUCUUCAGACCCCAGAGAGAAAAAAUGCAGACAUGAAGGAAAAACAGGGAGAUUUAGACACAGGCCAAAGUCGAAAUCUGGAUUCGCAUACCGAAGGCAUAGUUGGAUUUCCUAAUGCUUUGCUCCAUCGAAAAGACCCAUCAGCUGCUCAAAGACCUCUCAACUAUCACCUAGCACCCCCCAGUCCAGCUUUUCCUCCACAUCCUGCAGGUGGAAGAGCCUUCCCCCAGCAGUAUCCAAUAUCCAGGCUUCCUUACCGAGUAAACCAGCCUCAACACCCAGGAAUGGCUCAGCAGAGUCAACAGCAGCAGCAACAGCUCAGUCCUGCCUACGCUGGUGGAACCCAUAACUCUUCCUUCUUCAGCGGCCCGAUCCCCUCUCACAGAUCUGUCCAGUCACCCUCUGUGGAUGGACCAGAGACUGGAGGGGUGGAGGAGAUUGGCUCCAUUAGGACUGCAAUGGGCCACCAAGGGGGGCACCACCCAGGUCUGUCACAACAUAACAGGGUUGGCAACUUUGGGGAGGAUGGACAGGAUGGAAACCUGGGAGACAGUUUGGACCUCCAGAGUCCCUUGGCUCUAGAGGCCCUGAGCCAGCAACAGCAGGCAGCCAGGCUGGGCCAGUUGGGGGAGGCAGCAGGCCCUUUCCUUCAAGGGAGCGUCACCUUUCCUCUGCCCCAACAUCUUGCCCACCUUGCUCAACCCGGCAUGGCUCGCUUUCCCCAUCAACUGCUUCGGGCAGCCAGCUGGGGGCUUAGUGCCAAUAUGGAUGACGAGGCUGCUCCCGCUGCCUCUACAGGGCCAUCGUUCACAAGGUAUCCUGGCCUCUUGAGAGAGAUGCCUCCACAGGAGCAACCUGAAGCAAGAGAAGCAGCUGAGAUGCAGCCCCCACCUCAGUCCCGUCUCCUCCAGUACAGACAGUCCCAGUCCCGUGCCUCAGGUGACCCUUCAUCCUCUUUAGCUGCCAUCUCCAAUCAUUCUGGCCCUUAUCCAGCUGGACUUUACUCCCAUGAAACUGGACGCAGUGUCCUUAAUGACAACCUUCUCAACAAUCAAACUCUGCUGCAACAGCACCCUGUGAAUCCCUUAUACAAUACUGGUAGCUAUCAGCAUCAGCCACCAGGACAUUCUGGCAGCCCACCUCCCUCCCAGGUCAAAUACCUUCUGCAAGAAGCCCAGUGGUCCCAAAGCGGCGCAACAUCUGCAUCACAACAGAACCACAUUUUAGCAAACCAGGGGCACGGCCUCCCUUAUGGGCUGCCCAUUAUGGCUCACCCCAGCAGGCAAGAGCAGGUGCACCUGAUGCAACUUCACCAUCAGCACCAACAACAGCAGCAGCAGCAGCAGCAUAAUCAUCAUCAACAGCAACAACAACAAAGUCAAGGUCCAGACCAGGAAGCCUACCACCCACUGUCCCCGAGAACAUCAGCAGCAACAGCCCUUCACAAUGUAGAUGAGUAUGAACCCAGAGGUCCAGGUCGGCCCCUCUAUCAGCGCCGCAUCUCCUCCAGCUACCCAGAUGAAUCAUCUCCAGCCAACACCCACAAUACCCUGUCCCAGCAGUCCCAGCCCUGUCCAUCAGAACCCCAGGACCACCCACAGUUACAUCAUCAGCAUCCACACGCACCCUACAACUAUCUCUCACACGACCACCUCUGGCCCAGUAAUGGUGGGGGUCCCGGUCCGUUUCAGAACAUUCCAUGUAACGGAGCCGGCACACUCGCUCAGCAUCGGGACCUUCUGGCUUCCAAGGUCCUCCGUCAGACAGAUGAGCAGGUAAAGGCCGAGCCCACAGCAGCACAGCAGACCUAUCCACACACCAUCAACUCCCUUCAGCAUCAGUUUCCUCCACUCAUGUCAAACAAAAAGCAGCAGCAGCAGCAGCCGCCGCCGCCGCCACCACCACAGGCUCCCACAGAACCCACCCAGGGGGCUCCAAAUUUAAGCAAACCACCCACCAUGUCCUAUGCGAGCGCCCUCCGCGCUCCACCCAAGCCCCGAGCUGUUCGGCCCGAACAGGUCAAAAAGAACAGCGAUCCCCUCUCCCUCCUACAAGAGCUGAGUAUAGGAAGUUCAAAUGGUAGCAAUGGGUACUAUUCCUACUUUAAAUGAGUUUCACUUCUCCUUCAUAAUAUGUAAUGGCAUAAGAAAAAAAUAUAUAUAAAAAAAGAGAAAAACAUUGAUUUAAAAAAAUAAAAACAAAAAAAGUGAAAAAAGUUUCUUAAAUAAAAUAGACAAAAAAAAGUCAGUGCAUUUAAAAUUGGUUUUAUUAGUAGGUUUGUUUUCUGCAUUUUGUUUCAUUUUAACUUUUUAUCGUAAACUGUCUUUUUUUCCUCCUGUUUCACAUAUCUGUGAAGAAAGUAAGUAUAUAUAAUGAAUGCAUUACUGGUAUAUAUACAUACUUAUUAUGUAUAUAUGAAUAUAUACUUAUAUUAUCUACACUUGUAUAUGUACGUAAUGCUAAAAAAACUAGAAAAAAAAAAAAAAAAAAUCUUGGUUGACCACUUAGCUAUUCACUUUUUUUUCCUUGACUGUAGUUUUGUUGAUACUAAGAAAAUUGUUGACUUUUUUUUUUCUUUUUCUAUUCCUCAGAUUUGAGUGGCGUCUUUAAUUUCAUACUACUGUUGUUGUGGUAAUAGACGAAAGCUAAGUGGUCAACUGACACAAACUUCAUGGAACAGUGUAUAGAAGUAGAUGAAUUUUCCUCUAAUCUGUACAGAUAAAGAAAAUAAAAAGACUGAAUUGUAUGCCUAAGACAUCAUGCUAGUAUUGUAUUAUUAGUUCUUUCUUUCUUUUUUUUGUUUGUUUUCAGCUUCUCUUCUUCAAUUCUUAGUCAUCCUGACCUGGGAAUCAUCUUCAGUGAUUUUAGUGGGAAAUGUGAUUAUUUAUAGAAAAAUAACUAUACAAAUAAUGAUUUCAUCAUUUAAUUUUCACUGAUGCUCAUAAAAAAAAAAAUAGAAACGGUGUGAAAACGUCAGAAUAUCAACAACCAUGCCAUUCUUCCUGUCAUCUUUUCAGAUCAAAAAACACAAAACUUUGCUUUCUGCCACGAGAUGGACUAUUGUUUUAUUUUACCCCUUUUAUGUUGGAUGACUUCCCAGCAUGUUUCCCAGGAACAUUGUUCCAGUGACUACUGGGAAUGGGUGAUCUUUUUUUUUUUUUUUUUUUUUUUUUAAUUUGUUAGAAAUUCGUUUUCAGCCUUUUUUACCACAUUGUGUGGAACGUUUGCUGUACUCUGAAGGUUAGUGUAAGUGAAGAGAGUGGUGAAGUCAGAGUGGUGUGUCAUACAGUAAGUGGGAUGAUCCGUGCUUCCAGUCAGAUGUUUUUGAACAAACUAAAAAAAAUUAAUAAAAAAAACAUUUUUGGUUUAAAGUUGCUGGUACUAAGGAGUAAAUGCCCUGAAAAUGGAAGUGUAUGUAACAAAGAUGGUGUAAAACAUUUAAAGCUUUGAUAUGUCCUCUGAAGUGAUCUGAAUUAUCUUUUCACUCACAUAUGUCAGACAUGUUUGCUUUAACAGUCAACCAGCAGCCCCAGUCCCGAAUAUUUUGUUUUCUUUUGUUACAUCUGCUUAAAAACAAAAGAUCAUGUGGCCCCCGUUCUUUACUUUAGAGCAAACCUUUGCUUUUGCAGAAUUGAUGCUACUGAUGGUUGAAAACAGGUCUGUCAAUAAGUAGACAUGAAAAUCAAAAGGUCAGAUGUUAAAUAUAAAAGAAGCAAAAAAAAAAAAAGAUUAUUCGAUUUUUCUAUUUUGUGCCUACAUUUCACUCCAUAUAUAAAGACAAAUGAUUAAACUUGACAAACUGACCACAAUGUUGUAGACAAAGGACAUUUGUGUCUCCAUGCAGGAAGUCGAUCAAUGAUUUUUGGGAAAACUUUUGUUUUAUCUGAUCCAUUCAACUUUAAUGUAGCUGUGAUACAGAUGAGCUGUGGAGAAAAAAAACAGCCUCACGCAGUUUAACAAGUUUUCUUUUUUACCGUUAAUGUGUCUCAAUUUCUCAGUGGCUUUUUUUUUUUUAAUACUAGAAUGGCCAAAGAUCAUUUGCCAUUUUUUUCUAUAGAAUUAGUCUUUUAAUACUGUAAAAGGGACCUUUUGAUGAGUCAGCUUUUUUCUUUUCUGAUGUGAUAUUUGCACACUUUUCUGUCAUUUUGAGAGUUAAAGACACUUUGUGAGCCUUGCUUUUAUUUUACAUGAUGUCAUUUCGGAUAUGGUAGAUAAAUAGAUAUAAAAAGAUUUUCCUUCACCAACAUUUAACAAAAACAAAAGUCUGUUCAAAAACCUUUGACUGUUAGUAUGUUUUUGGCUCUGCAUAAUAAGAAUGAAUGUGGAAGUUGUCGAAGUAUUAAAUUCUCCACCUCUGACCUGAUACAUCUGAUAAAUUGUUACAGCUGUUGAUAAAUCUAGUUUUGUUUUGGUACAAUAUCUCUGACCCUGCUCUGCUUUUUACUGCAGCCACAUUAUUUUUUUGUCUUUGACUGAAUUACUGGAGGCCAAGUAGGUCACAGAAAUUUUACGUUAACCUGUUGUCUUUAAUUCAAUAACUCUUAAACAUCACUGCCCCUUCUGCAAAAAGAUGACAUGAUGGUUUUAUAUAUAUAUAUAUAUAUAUAUAUAUAUAUAUAUAUAUAUAUAUAUAUAUAUAUAAAUCUUCCUUUUGUUACAAAGCUUCAGAGUGGCAUAGAAAUCCCUCAGCUGAUAUCAGAUGUGUUUUGAAGUGUCAGUGGAAAGCUUUGUUAAAGGUGUGGUCUUCUUUUCAAGUUUUGACAUUUUAAUUCAAAGGUCCAGAUUUUCUGACUUAACAGAGUACACGUACUUGUAAAUAUGCAUUUUCUAUGUAUUUACAAACGAAAACUUUGGGAGCGCCUCAAUUUUGUAGAAGCUGUUCCAAGAAGAGGUAUGCCCUUUUUAAUUAUGCAAAUUCACAAAAAAAAAAGGAAGGAAAAAAAAAAAGAGAUCAUUCUAGAAAUGGACAACAACCAGAUUGGUAGUUGCAACAUCUUAUAACUUUUUAGAUUUUUUCCUUUAUUUUAUUUUAUUUUUAGUUUGUUGCUGUUGUUAAAUAAAAGACGGUGUCUGGCUAAUUUGGCAGAUAAUCUUCUCGGCACCCUUGAGACAACUUGUUUCACUGUACAAUACAUGUUUUUAAUUACAUGUUGCUGGAUUUGUCCUGUUAUGUUUUCUCACCACAGCUGUACAACAAUCAACACGGAUUACUUUUUAAAUGUCUAUAUAUAUAUAUUUUUUUUUCUUUUCAUGCAUGUUGAGAUGACCUGACUGGUUUUUAUCCCUGUUUUUAUCAGUUUUUAUUGAUUUUAUGGAUGGAUGAAAAAUGAAAAAAAGGCAAAAAAAAAAAAAAAGCAUUUGUUCAACCUUCAAAGUCAAAUUUCUGGUAUAUUAUUUGAUGUGUACAAUAACUUGUUACAUUAUCAACAAAACUGUUAUGCUACUUUUACUAAUGUGUUGAUCAGAUAAUGUAAUGGUCAUGUUAGUGCUCCUAUAUUCCCCCCCCCCCCCCCCCCCCCCCCCCCCCCCCCCUGCAGUUACUUAGCAGGCUAAAGCUGAGGUUGCUCCCUGCUGAAGGUUAAUCUCUGAAGUUUUGCAAUACUAAUAUAUGACAGCUUCUUUAGCUACGCUUAUAUUUAUUUUUAAAGCAGAAGAGAUUAAGCCAAGUCAUUUUAAAGGGAUUUAUUUCCAGCCUUUUUUUUUUUAACUCAGUUAAAAAGGAACGAUAACUAAAUUUACUCCUGCAUUUAAGUUAGUUUGUAAGUGUUUCAGCUCCCAACAUUUCAAUAAAUAUCAUAUGAAAUGGAGAAAAAAGCCUGUUUUGCUUUGUUAAAAUGAAGUGAAGCUAACUUGGGUGUGGCAGAUAGAAAGGAAAGGAGAGGGAGCAACCUUUUGCCCGGCCAGCAGAGAGCACUGUGUUCAGCCUUCGAUAAACACCAUCUUUUUCUUGUUAUCUGUUGGGACUCCUCUGUUCUUCCCUCGCUGCAGUGAAUCAAUGGCACACCUGUUGUCUCAGCUUCCCACUCCCAUUGGUUCCUCCCUCGUGGGUACAAAAUAAUGAAUAGAUUGGUUUUACUCUUCUUCAUUUCGGUUGGUGGUGGUCAUAAUAAAGGAUUUAGUCUGUGUUUUAAAGUUUUCUUUUUUUUAUUUGAUUUUAUUUGUUUCUCUAUUAAAGUGUUUUUAUUGAAA